CCCAACUCAAAGCACGUGGGCUACAACGAGAAAACAAAAGCACAAACCGCCCCCCCACACCCAGAAGCCCCUUCUGCCAGGGAUCCCGAGGGGACCCGGGAGAGCGGGAGAGCCGUUGGAAGGCCGAGGAGGGCUGGUCUUCAUCGCAUACCACAAGUAGGUGGAGGGCUUGUUGUUCUGUUUCCCGCCUAUGAGAGGAUACCCCUAUUGUUCCUGAAAAUGCUGACCAGGACCCACACUUCCAACAAAAAUUCCUCUACCCCUCUGGCAGCAGCAGAAGCAGCAGCCACAGAUAAGUGUUUUGAUGAAUUGCAAGAUGGAGAGGGUUUGCCGUGCCCCCAGCCCUGCUGAUACCAAAUGCCUUUAAGAUACAGCCUUUCCCAUCCUAAUCUACAAAGGAAACAGGAAAAAGGAACUUAAAACUCCCUGUGCUCAGAGACAGAAAUGAGGCUGUUACAGCCUGCUUCUCUACUGUUCCUUCUUGCCUCCGACUUGUAAACAAGAACUAGUAGAACGUGAGAAUGGAAAGUCACAAACCUCUGGGUGCUUGAAAGGAUCCCCGGGAACCUCAUGCACAUCUGCGGGACCUGGAUGGAGAGACUGGGGGAAGCAUGGACUCUUUAGCUGGCUUAGUGCUCUAUGGAGUCAGCUUGCUCCUUUCUGGCACAGUGGACGGUGCCAUGGACCUGAUCUUGAUCAAUUCCCUACCUCUUGUGUCUGACGCUGAAACAUCCCUCACCUGCAUCGCCUCUGGAUGGCGCCCCCAUGAGCCCCUCACCAUAGGAAGAGACUUUGAAGCCUUAAUGAACCAGCACCAGGAUCCACUGGAAGUUACUCAAGAUGUGAGCAGAGAAUGGGCGAAAACUGUCAUUUGGAAGAGAGAGAAGGCUAGUAAAAUCAAUGGUGCUUACUUCUGUGAAGGGCGGGUUCGAGGAGAGGCAAUAAAGAUACGCACCAUGAAGAUGCGCCAACAAGCUUCCUUCCUACCAUCUACUUUAACCAUGACCGUGGACAGGGGAGAUAACGUGAACAUAUCUUUCAAAAAGGUGUUGAUUAAAGAAGAAGAUGCAGUGAUUUACAAGAAUGGUUCCUUCAUCCAUUCAGUGCCCAGGCACGAAGUACCUGAUAUUUUAGAAGUGCAUCUGCCUCACGCUCAGCCCCAGGAUGCUGGAGUGUACUCGGCCAGGUACAUAGGAGGAAACCUCUUCACCUCGGCCUUCACCAGGCUCAUAGUCCGGAGAUGCGAGGCUCAGAAGUGGGGACCUGAGUGUAACCGUGUCUGCACUGCCUGUGUGAACAAUGGUGUCUGCCAUGAGGACACUGGGGAAUGCAUUUGCCCUCCUGGGUUUAUGGGGAGAACAUGUGAGAAGGCUUGCGAACGGCACACAUUUGGCAGAACUUGUAAGGAACAGUGUAGUGGACCAGAGGGAUGCAAGUCCUAUGUAUUCUGUCUCCCGGACCCCUAUGGGUGCUCCUGUGCCACCGGCUGGAAGAGCCUGCAGUGCAAUGAAGCAUGCCAGCCUGGGUAUUAUGGGCCAGACUGUAAGCUCAGGUGCAGGUGCACCAAUGGGGAGAUCUGUGAUCGGUUCAAAGGAUGCCUCUGCUCUCCAGAACGCCAAGGGCUCCAGUGUGAGAAAGAAGGCAGGCCAAGGAUGACCCCAAAGAUAGAGGACUUGCCAGAUGAUAUAGAAGUAAACAGUGGUAAAUUUAACCCCAUCUGCAAAGCGUCUGGCUGGCCACUGCCUGCUAAUGAAGAAAUGACCCUGGUGAAGCCCGAUGGGACAGUGCUCCAUCCAAAAGACUUUAACCACACGGGUCACCUGUCAGUGGCCACCUUCACCAUCCACCGGCUGCUGCCCCCUGACUCAGGAGUCUGGGUCUGCAGUGUGAACACCGUGGCCGGGAUGGUGGAAAAGCCUUUCAACAUUUCUGUGAAAGUUCUUCCAAAGCCACUGAAUGCCCCCAACGUGAUUGACAUCGGACAUAACUGUGCUGUCAUCAACAUCAGCUCUGAGCCUUACUUUGGGGAUGGACCAAUCAAAUUCAAGAAGCUUCUCUACAAACCUGUCAAUCAUUAUGAGGCUUGGCGCCACAUUCAAGUGACAAGUGAGAUUGUUACACUCAACUCUUUGAAACCUCGGACAGAAUACGAGCUCUGCGUGCAGCUGGUCCGGCGUGGAGAGGGCGGGGAAGGCCAUCCUGGACCCGUGCGACGGUUCACCACCGCUUCCAUCGGUCUCCCUCCUCCAAGCGGUCUCAGUCUCCUACCGAAAAGUCAGACCACUCUAAAUUUGACCUGGCAACCAAUAUCUCCAAACUCAGAAGAUGACUUUUAUGUGGAAGUUGAGAGGAGGUCUGUGCAGAUGAAUAGUGAUCAGCAGAAUAUUAAAGUGCCAGGCAACUUGACAUCUGUGUUACUUAACAAUCUACACCCCAGGGAGCAGUACAUAGUUCGAGCCAGAGUCAAUACCAAGGCCCAGGGGGAAUGGAGUGAAGACCUCACCGCUUGGACCCUUAGCGACAUUCUCCCUCCUCAACCCGAAAACAUCAAGAUUUCCAACAUCACAGACUCUUCAGCCAUGAUUUCUUGGACAAUCGUGGACGGCUAUUCUAUUUCUUCUAUUAUCAUCCGUUACAAGGUUCGGGGCAAGAAUGAAGACCAGCACAUUGAUGUGAAGAUCAAGAAUGUCACCAUCACCCGCUAUCAGCUCAAGGGCCUAGAGCCCCAAACACCUUACCAGGUGGACAUUUUUGCAGAGAACAACAUAGGGUCAAGCAACCCAACCUCUUCGCAUGAGCUGACAACUCUCUCCAAGUCUCAAGCACCAGCGGAGCUCGGCGGCGGGAAGAUGCUGCUCAUCGCCAUCCUGGGCUCGGCGGGCAUGACCUGCCUGACGGUGCUCUUGGCCUUCCUCAUCAUGCUGCAGCUGAAGAGGGCGACCGUCCAGAGGAGGAUGGCCCAAGCCUUCCAGAACGUGAGGGAAGAGCCAGCUGUGCAGUUCAACUCAGGAACCCUGGCCCUGAACAGGAAGGCCAAGAACAACCCGGACCCCACCAUUUACCCAGUGCUGGACUGGAAUGACAUCAAGUUUCAAGAUGUGAUCGGGGAGGGGAACUUUGGCCAGGUUCUCAAGGCGCGGAUCAAGAAGGACGGGUUGCGGAUGGACGCUGCCAUCAAGAGGAUGAAAGAAUAUGCCUCCAAAGAUGACCACAGGGACUUCGCGGGAGAACUGGAGGUCCUCUGUAAACUGGGACACCACCCGAACAUCAUCAAUCUCUUGGGAGCGUGUGAACAUCGUGGCUACCUGUACCUGGCCAUCGAGUAUGCCCCCCACGGCAACCUCCUGGACUUCCUGCGCAAGAGCCGCGUGCUGGAGACCGACCCGGCCUUCGCCAUCGCCAACAGCACCGCCUCCACGCUGUCCUCCCAGCAGCUGCUCCACUUUGCCGCAGAUGUGGCCCGGGGCAUGGACUACUUGAGCCAAAAACAGUUUAUCCACAGGGAUCUGGCUGCCAGGAACAUCUUAGUUGGUGAAAACUAUGUAGCCAAAAUAGCCGAUUUUGGAUUGUCCCGAGGUCAAGAAGUUUAUGUGAAAAAGACGAUGGGGCGGCUCCCAGUGCGCUGGAUGGCGAUCGAGUCCCUCAAUUACAGCGUCUACACAACCAACAGUGACGUAUGGUCCUACGGAGUGUUACUGUGGGAGAUCGUGAGCCUAGGAGGCACCCCCUACUGCGGGAUGACGUGUGCAGAGCUCUACGAGAAGCUGCCGCAGGGCUACAGACUGGAGAAGCCCCUGAACUGUGACGAUGAGGUGUAUGAUCUAAUGAGACAGUGUUGGAGGGAGAAGCCAUACGAGAGACCCUCAUUUGCCCAGAUUCUGGUGUCCUUAAACCGGAUGUUAGAAGAACGAAAGACCUACGUGAAUACCACGCUGUAUGAGAAGUUUACCUACGCAGGGAUCGACUGCUCUGCUGAAGAAGCGGCCUAGGGCAGGCCUCCACCGUCUAUGUAUUCUGUCGCCCCUUCACGGGCACCAGAGACCCUGACAGCCAAGACAGCAAGCGAGCCUGUGCCAAGGGAGGAGACGGAGAACAGUGGAGUGUGUAUACUGCUGGGUGUCUGGGACUUUCACACGAAGACCCGUGUGUGAAGCUACAGCACACUCUGACUCUACACAGAACUGUACAUACUGUUUUGAGUAAGAAUGGGCUGAACUCAGAAUGCCUGUUUGUGGUUUCAUAUGCAAUAAUAUAUUUUUCUAAAUAUGUGGAUUUUAAAGACAGGUGUGACAGUACAAUGACUGUAAUGCAUAACUCAUUAUUGUCCUAGAUAUUUUUGAUAUUUACCUUUAUAUUGAAUCCUCUAAAAUGUCUUGCUGUAUAGAAGUAAAAUAUUGUUAACAAACCUAACACUGACCCUGAGAGCACAGGUAAGAAAAGUGUGGGAAUUGUAGGAGUCUUAAUAGGACAUGGGUUAACAUUAAAGAGACGGAAAAGUCCAGGUGAUGACAUGUAAAGCAGAUUCUCCUGUCUCUAAGGCUUCUCCCUCGCCGGUAGCAGCCAUCCAAUUUCACAGUCAUUUGACAACAUGCUUACGUGUUACCAGUACCCAUCAGUCUGUCCAGAACAUUAACAUCUAAUAAUAGAUGUACGUCUCAUUCCUUACAUGCCUAAAACCUUGGGACAUGUAUAAAUAAGUUUGAAAGAUAAAUGAAUGGGAUUUGGUUUUAGUUUCUCUGGUAACAUUGAUUUGUGUAUUUGAAGACAUUAAAAUAGGAAGCCUGGAGUUACAUUUGGGAGACAUGUGACAUUUAUCAUGUCAAAUUAACAUACCUAAUGUAUUGCACAUUGUAAAAACUUUGUUUUGACCCGUCGUACGUUUACUGUUUAUACUGUAGGCACACGUUACACUGAGAUCAUAUAGUAAGUGAAUAAAUGUCUUGCCUACCCACUGUUUUGCCCAGCAA